GGCCAGUCCUUGCUUUGGGAAGCGGAUGAAGGGGAGACCCCAGCGCCUCCCCGGGAGGCUCGUGGAGAGGGUGGGACUCAGGUGGGAGGGCAGGAGAAGGUGGAUCAUUAACCAGCUGGGAGCUGUGGGGCUCAGCCCCAUUGGUCCCUGACCAGUCAGGUCAGGCCCUCCCCAACGGGGACGCUGCCUUGCUGAGCACCCCCGGGUUAAGUGUAUGUGCUGCCUGGACCGGCACUGUGUGUCCCCAGGAGCCAGCCCUCAGCUGUCCCCGUGGCCUGGCCCCUCUCCCCUAGACGCCUUCCCAGAGCCAGGAUGGCGGAGGCCGGACUGAGGGGCUGGCUGCUAUGGGCCCUGCUCCUGCACUCGGCCCGGGCCGAGCUGUACACACCCAUCCACCGGUCUGGCUACUGUGCCUUCUACGACGAGUGUGGCAAGAACCCAGAGCUGUCCGGAGGCCUGGCUCCCCUGGCCAACGUGUCCUGCCUGUCCAACACACCCGCCCGCCUCCUGGCCGGCGAGCAUCUGGCCCUCCUGCGGCGCAUCUGCCCCCGCCUGUACGCUGGCCCCGACACCACCUACGCUUGCUGCUCCGCCAAGCAGCUGGUGUCCCUGGAGGCGAGCCUGGCGGUCACCAAGGCGCUCCUCGCACGCUGCCCCGCCUGCACCGACAACUUCGUGAGCCUGCACUGCCACAACACCUGCAGCCCCAACCAGAGCCUGUUCGUCAAUGUGACGCGCGUGGCCCGGCGCGGGGACGGCCGGCCGCCGGCUGUAGUGGCCUACGAGGCCUUCUACCAGAGCAGCUUCGCCAGGCGGACCUACGACUCAUGCAGCCGGGUGCGUGUCCCUGCGGCGGCCACGCUGGCUGUGGGCACCAUGUGUGGCGUUUAUGGCUCCGCCCUCUGCAACGCUCAGCGCUGGCUCAACUUCCAGGGGGACACAGGAAAUGGCCUGGCCCCCCUGGACAUCACCUUCUACCUCUUGGAGCCUGGUCAGACGCCGGGGAGUGGGGUGCAGCUUCUGAAUGGGGAGGUGGCACCGUGCAACGAGUCCCAGGCAGACGGCGCAGCCGCCUGCUCCUGCCAAGACUGCGCCGCCUCGUGCCCCGCCAUCGCCCGGCCCCAGGCCCUGGACGCCACCUUCUACAUGGGCCGGAUGGCAGGCGGGCUGGCCCUCGUCAUCACCCUCUGUUCGGCCUUUGCUGUACUUACCGCCUUCCUGGUGGGGCCCCGCCUGGCCUCCCGCUGGGGCAAGGGCAAGAUGCGGGACCCCACGGUGGGCACCAGCCUCUCUGACAAACUGAGCCUGUCCACGCAUAGCCUCCUCAGCCGGUGCUUCCAGGGCUGGGGCACGUGGGUGGCCUCGUGGCCGCUGAGCAUCCUGCUGGUGUCCAUCGCCGUGGUGGUGGCCUUUUCAGGAGGCCUGGCCUUCAUGGAGCUGACCACGGACCCCGUGGAGCUGUGGUCGGCCCCCAGCAGCCAGUCCCGGAGAGAGAAGGAGUUUCAUGACCAGCAUUUCGGCCCCUUCUUGCGGACCAACCAGGUGAUCCUGACGGCACCCACACGGCCUGGCUCCAGCUACAACUCCCUGCUGCUGGGGCCCAAGAACUUCAGUGGGGUUCUGGCCCCCGACGUCCUGCUGGAGGUGCUGGAGCUGCAGGAGACGCUGCGACACCUGCAGGUGUGGUCACCCGAGGAGCAGCGCAAUGUGUCGCUGCAGGACGUGUGCUUCGCGCCCCUCAACCCACACAACACCAGCCUCUCCGACUGUUGCGUCAACAGCCUCUUGCAGUAUUUCCAGAACAAUCGCACGCGCCUGCUGCUCACAGCCAACCAGACGCUGACCGGGCAGACCUCUCAAGUGGACUGGAGGGACCACUUUCUCUACUGCGCUAAUGCCCCUCUCACCUUCAAGGACGGCACAGCCCUAGCCCUGAGCUGCAUGGCUGACUACGGGGGCCCUGUCUUCCCUUUUCUUGCUGUGGGGGGCUACAGAGGGAAAGACUACUCUGAGGCAGAGGCCCUGAUCAUGACCUUCUCCCUUAACAACUACGCCCCUCGGGACUCCCGGCUGGCACAGGCAAAGCUCUGGGAGGGGGCCUUCUUGGAGACGAUGAGAGCUUUCCAGCAGCGGACAGCCGGCAGGUUCCAGGUCACAUUCAUGGCGGAGCGCUCCCUGGAGGACGAGAUCAAUCGCACCACGGCCCAGGACCUGCCGGUCUUCGGGGUCAGCUACAUUGUCAUCUUCCUGUACAUCUCCCUGGCCCUGGGCAGCUACUCCAGCUGGCGCCGGGUGGCGGUGGAUGCCAAGGCCACGCUGGGCCUGGGCGGGGUGGCCGUGGUGCUGGGAGCAGUCACGGCAGCCAUGGGCUUCUUCUCGUACCUGGGCGUCCCCUCCUCCCUGGUGAUCCUGCAGGUGGUGCCUUUCUUGGUGCUGGCCGUGGGUGCUGACAACAUCUUUAUCCUAGUGCUCGAGUACCAGAGGCUGCCGCGGAGGCCUGGAGAGCGGCGAGAGGACCACAUCGGCCGCGCACUGGGCAGGGUGGCCCCCAGCAUGCUGCUCUGCAGCCUGUCUGAGGCCAUCUGCUUCUUUCUCGGGGCCCUGACCCCCAUGCCAGCGGUGAGGACCUUCGCCCUGACCUCCGGCUUGGCUGUCAUCCUGGACUUUCUGCUGCAGGUGUCAGCCUUCGUGGCCCUGCUGUCCCUGGACAGUAGGCGGCAGGAGGCCUCCAGGAUGGAUGUGUGCUGCUGUGCUGGCGCUCGGGAGCUGCCCCCCCCAGGCCAAAGCGAGGGGCUCCUGCUGCGAUUCUUCCGCAAGGUCUACGUCCCACUCCUGCUGCACCGGGUCACACGUGUGGUUGUGCUGCUGCUGUUCACGGGCCUGUUUGGAGCCGGGCUGUACCUCAUGUGCCAGGCCAGUGUGGGACUGGAUCAGGAGCUGGCCCUUCCCAAGGACUCCUACCUGCUCGACUAUUUCCUCUUUCUGAACCGCUACUUUGAGGUGGGGGCUCCAGUCUACUUCGUCACCACUGGAGGCUACAACUUCUCCACGGAGGCGGGAAUGAAUGCCAUUUGCUCGAGCGCAGGAUGCGACAGCUUCUCCUUAACCCAGAAGAUACAGUUCGCCACUGAGUUCCCCGACGAGUCUUACCUGGCCAUCCCUGCCUCUUCCUGGGUGGAUGACUUCAUUGACUGGCUGACCCCGUCCUCUUGCUGCCGCCUGUAUGCCUUUGGUGCCAACAAAGACAAAUUCUGCCCCUCGACCGUUAACUCCCUGGCCUGCUUGAAGAGCUGUGUGAACUUCACUCUGGGCCCCGUCCGGCCAUCAGUGGACCAGUUCCACAAAUACCUGCCCUGGUUCCUGGAGGACCCACCCAACAUCAAGUGUCCCAAAGGUGGACUGGCAGCGUAUAGCACCUCCGUGGAUUUGGGACCUGGUAACCAAGUUUUAGCCUCGAGGUUCAUGGCCUACCACAAGCCGCUGCGGAACUCACAGGAUUACACGGAGGCCCUGCGGGCGGCACGCGCACUGGCGGCCAACAUCACCGCCCACCUGCGGCAGGUGCCGGGCACCGACCCGGCCUUUGAGGUCUUCCCCUACACGAUCACCAACGUGUUCUACGAGCAGUACCUGACGGUGGUCCCCGAAGGCCUCUUCAUGCUUGCCAUGUGCCUGCUGCCCACGUUCGCCGUCUGCUGCCUGCUGCUGGGCAUGGACCUGCGCUCCGGCCUCCUCAACCUGUUCUCCAUCGUCAUGAUCCUCGUGGACACCGUGGGCUUCAUGGCCCUGUGGGGCAUCAGCUACAACGCCGUGUCCCUCAUCAACCUGGUCACGGCAGUGGGCAUCUCCGUGGAGUUUGUGUCCCACAUCACCCGCGCCUUUGCCAUCAGCACCCGGCUCACCCGGCUGGAGAGGGCCAAGGAGGCCACAACCUUCAUGGGCAGUGCGGUGUUUGCGGGCGUGGCCAUGACCAACCUGCCGGGCAUCCUCGUCCUGGGCCUGGCCAAGGCGCAGCUCAUCCAGAUCUUCUUCUUCCGCCUCAACCUCCUCAUCACCCUGCUGGGCCUGUUGCACGGCCUGGUCUUCCUGCCAGUCGUCCUCAGCUUCGUGGGGCCCGAUGUCAAUGUGGCUCUAGUGCUGGAGCAGAAGAUGGAGGAAGCUGCCAGGGCCAGGGUGGCUUCCUGCCCGACCCACCAGGCCCCGACAUCCACAGCCAGCAGCACCUACAUCAACCAUGGCUUUGAACAUCCUGCCAAGAGCAUGGGUGGUGCUGUCGGUUCUCUGUCCCGCGGUGGGCAGGAGUUCUGAGGAGGCUGGAGCUCCUGUCCUG